AUGCACUGGUUCAAGUCGCUAGUCGUGUUGCACAUGCUUGUCUGGAUGACUUUGCUCUCUGUGGGAGGUCGGGCUCAAUACAACAUCUGGAUUGGCAAGAGCGACAUCACCGACCCUGCCGCGGAGGUCAUCAUGAAGAGGUUCUUGGAUCUCAAGGAGAGUACUGCAGGAAUCAUUAACCGGUUGUCCGCCAGAGUCUUCCUCAUCGAAGACCCCGACACCAGCAACCGCGUCAUCGGCGUCUACACCGAUCAGAACGUCGUUCUACACGCCACGCACGCGCUCGUAGGACCGGGCGGCAAAGCCGGCUACUUCCUCUACGACGUGUCCAUCCUCGGCUACAUCAGCAAGAACGUCGACAUGAUCGUGAGCGGCAUCUUGAACGCCAUCGACAAGCCACACAACUCUGUGGUGAGCGGCACCAUCCGCUGGAACAAGGGCGAAGUGGCGCAAGGCGGCACAAACCGAUCUCUUAAUGCUUACUUGGCCAAUCCAGAGUCCGAGCGAGCCAAGUACUCGAGCAGCAUCAACACAACGAUGCGCGUGCUCCAGUUCUUCAGCAGCGAGGGUAAACUCCGAGGUGUCUUGGCCUUCUACCCUGUCCACCCCAUCAGUCUCACCGCAGCCAACCUCUUGAUCAGUGGUGGCAACAAGGGGUUUGCUGAGUUCCUGCUCGAGGACGAGUUGGAUAACGUCGUCGUGGGUAUCGGCAUUACGAAUGCUGGCGACGUGAGCCCCAACUUGACCGACAACGGAGACCGAAUCUUCAAGGGCGAGGGCAAUCCCGGGAUCGAGUCUGCGGAGAUCAUGGGUAAGCGUCAAUAUGAUACGCUGUCAGCGCUCAUUAAGAUCGACUCGGAGCUCAUCGAGGGUCCCAUUGUCGCCAGACUCUCCUACGUCGACUUCUCGAAUGUAACCCUCGACGGCGUCCAAGCCACCACCGAUGAUCCCUACGCCGACAAAACUUGCCCCGCUGUCGUAGGACAGCAUUUCGCCGCUGGCACCGAGGACGGAUGCGGACUCAGUAUGUUCAGGGAGGGCGGCACGAAGACCAACAAACUUUUCAAGGCCAUUGGUGGCAUCAUCAAGAAGAUACCGAAGUGA